AUGGGUCUGUUUGCUGCAGGGGGUGUAGGCAGGGAUGAGGACCAUGAACUGGAGGACUAUGUGGACCAUUUGCAAAGAAGCUCCAUUACCGGUUCAAGCCAGCUGAGUGUAACUCUGAGAGAUGUAGAGGAAGGAGCGAUGAGCCUGCGGGGGGUCGGGGAAACUCUGGCCAUUCUCAAAGGUGAGUUUCCAGAGCUGCAGAUGAAGAUGCGCUUGGUGUUGAGGCAGGAGGUCGAGGCGAUGCGUUUCCUGAAGGAGGCGCCUCUGAAGAUGGACUCCAUGUUAAAGAGGGUCAAAGCCCUGACGGACACCCUCAGCUCUCUCCGCAGGUGUGUGUCAGAGUCGGUCCCGUCACCCAGAUCAGCCCAGUUAGAGCCGGUAGAAGCUGUUGAACUGGGCAAUGGACCAGCAAAGACCCAGAGUCUUCAGAACUCCCCAAAACCCCAACCUCGGUCCUCAGUCAGGCUGCCUCAGCUCACUCCUCCUCUCUCUGGGAGCCAGGCUGAGACUCCGAUUGUGGCCCACGGAACAAAGAGCACAGCACCUUCUGUGGUCCAGACCUCCCAACAUUCCCCCAGUCUCCCUCUGAAACCCAUCCCCGGACGGCACUCACCCACUGUGGCUAAGGUGCAUCCUCGCAGCAGAGAGGGCAGUCCCGCCCUGCAGAGGAGAACAGGUCUUCAGGAGUCUGACGAACUGGACCAACUUGCACUAACACCAGCAGAACACACCCACAGUGAGACCGUGACAACAGAGACACAAACUCAAGGGGGCAGCCUCAGUGGAAAAGCUCGCUGUAUGAGUCAGUCCAGUCCCAGCCGAGUGAAACAGCCAGCCAACGUCAAUUCUAGCCACACUCAACCUCCCAGCACCAGUAUCGGCUUUAACCAGGUCCUACAAGAGGUCCAGGCCAGCGUAGUGGAGUCUGUCCCUAGUUUGGAUACGUCAGAAGUCAGAGUGAACGAUUCUGCCUCACAACAUGCAGCUCGACAGAUCACACCUCUGACCCUGACACUGCAAGGGGAGGAUCAGGCACUUGUGUUUGCCACCCAGCAAGACACACCUUCCAAACAAAGUGAUCAAGGGGACUGCACUGAUUUAAAACCCCCAAACACAGCUCCAGCAGCAGUGUCACAGCUUCCUGCAGCCGCUUUGGACCUUCAGUCAUCGGUUGGUCUUUCAGCUACCUCAUCAGCUUCUCCUGGUGCCGAGUGCAGCAGCCGGCCACAGGUGGAAAAACCACGCCGCUCCAGCUUAGACAAGGAGAUGAAGCACAGUCCAGACAGGGCAGGCAAGAGCCCUCCUCCUCCUCCUCCACGGAGAAUUCAUGCUGUCACUUCAGGUCUCACAACAGGAAGGACAGGAGAGGUGGUCUUUGGAGCUAGGAAAGAGCCUGUUGGAGCCCAGUCUGCACAGGAUGAAGCUGAUAAAGACAAAGAGCUAGUCCCUCAGCUCAAACCUCCACGACAGCCACCAGAGGUCAAACACAAAUCCCAGAUGUGCACUGCUGCACAUCUGGCUAUAUCCACCUCUGCCCCUGCUGCAGUGUCAGCACAAAGACAAGAGGAGGAAGAGGAAGAGGAAGAGGAGAAAGUCUUGAAAGAACUGCAGGUGACAGAACUGACAAAUAAGAAUCACUCAUCAGUUGGAAAUAAACAAAAUGCAAAAAAGGAGAGGACGUCUCUAAACUCACAAGUAGCUAAUGAGUUAGCAACAUGUGACCAACAGUCAGACCCUCAGCUGUGCUUCACAAAUGACUACCCCCAUAAACUCACAGCAGCAGCUGGACUGAAAGCAAACAGGGAAGGUGGGGGAAACAGUCUCACUGAGAACAAAGUGGAGACGGUAAUUGUGCCUUCUUGUCCAACAGUAAAGGAUGUGGAGAUAUUUCCACUGGGAACUUUAAAAGAUGUUAAACGUUUCCAGACUGAUGAGGAGGAGCCAACAUCAAGUCAGGACAAAGACAUAAAAAUAGAUGAACUUAGAGUAGGAAGAGUUUCACAGAAAGAAAAUGUUAGAACUCCUAAUCAAGUGAAAGAGUUUGUUGGACAGGUAUCGUCGCCGGCCACAAAAGAAAAGAAGGUCAAGGUUGCAACAGUUGUUACUCUACAGAAAGAAAACAUUCAAGGAUGUGCCAAAAGUCCCAAAGACACGAAUGAAACCGCCAAAGAAGCGUCAGAGAAGAAGUCUAAUGUGAUGGUAGGUGUAACUUUAGAAACCAGAGAAAAAGAGAGGACAUCAGGACCACCAGUCCAGCUGAAUACGUCACUGAGGCCUGACCAGGAGUGUACAACUCCAACCUCCGUUACAACACCUUCCCCAUUUUCACCCAUCGUAAACUGUAGCAGCAAGCAGGGGAACCUGGAACAAACAGUGCUAGUAUCUGGUAACCAGUUGCAAUACUCAGAAGACGGAGGUAGCCUGAGCUGUGAUGAGGCUGGUGAGGGACCGCCCCCUCCACCGCCUCAGAUUUGUAAAUAUAGCCGAAUAAUCUCCAAGACCAGAGUCAGACCACAGUCCAAAGAGGAAACCUCAGCCAAGAUGAAUGGCUCUCAAAUACAAACAGUAUCUGGGGACACCGCUGAUGAGCCCACCUAUGUAAGACAGGAGAACCACGGUUUUGAGGACGGUAAUGAUCAGUUUGACAGAAAACCUAUUAUUGUUUUCUUGAACCAGCCUGUGGACUUUCAGUCGGCCUACAAGCGGCUGUCUACAAUCUUUGAAAGUGAGGAAGAUACUGAUGGGAUUUUUUCUCCAGAGAGCAUUUCAGAUGAGGAAAAGACAAACCAGGAGGAAGAGGAACGGGGUAUUAGAAAAAGUGGAAAUGGUCAGAAUCCUCCACAAAUACAGCACGAAGGACCUUCAACAGAUAAAAGCACCGUUCUUGAAAAGCAGGGCCAGACUGAAUCACCUUCACUUAAAAAAACUGAGACAAAAAGGAAAUUCAAGUUCAAGUUCCCUAAAAAAAGACUGACAGCAUUUAGCCAGGCUAUCAGAACAGGGAACAGGAGCAAACACAACAGGGAGGAAGUUGUUGUUGAGGAGGAGGAAGUAGCAGCAUGUGGCACAACAGCCAAGGAGACCAAGAGCCCGACAAAUAAAUCGCAGAUGUUUAAAAUGAAUAACAUGGAACAAAUGAAACAUUCAGAGUCACAUAACCGGGUAGAGGAGCUCUGCAAAAACACGUUCGACUCUAUAGACAGUCUCGAGAAGUCGAUUAAACAGUUGGAAAUCAGC